AUGUUUCUCGCUCUCGUUGCUCUUAUUUUUCUCGGAAGCGUCGAGUCUUCCAAAAAGAGCUCAUUGCCGAAGUCCGCCCGAUCAAUUCUGGACAAUUUGGCUACACUGGAUGCCCAACGAACAACGAUUUUCUACUACAAUGGAAUCAUAUCGUCGCCUUAUUAUCCGAAGCUCUAUCCGCCAAACACCGAGUGUUACUACUACAUGACAGCUGAGCCUGGGAAAGUUCUGAGACUUGGAGGCCCUAAUGCUACCGUGACGACUCCUGAUAAACUUUACACCACCACACAGCGGUUCGCCCUCGUCACCUUCCAGUCAGAUCCUGUCGUUCAAAAGACUGGAUUUCAGUUCGUAUACCAGUCUGUCUUCAGUGAGUGCCACAGUUCCGGUAUCUUCAAGUACGCGCAAGGUGCCGUUAGUUUCGAGGCCAAGGAAAACAAGGAAAGAGAAGGGGUGGAGAAAGUAGUGAUCGCGUUCGACACAGAACCCCAG